AUGCCAAUACUGUGUUGCUAUGCUAAGAAACGUCGUGCUGGUAAUCAAGCCACCAAAUCUCUUGAACAAAACAAACGGAAUAUAUUUGGUAUGACAUUAGCAAGGUUGGAUGAAUUUGAAAGUUUGACCCCACUAAUAGUAACACCUAAUGGUAGUGAUGAAGUUUAUUUAUCUCGAAAUCAUCGAAUCACAUCUGCUGCUUUAUCACAAAGUCCACCACCACCAAGACGUCAAACCAACGGUAAAACGUUUAUUGUGCCGCUGAAUUCUGGAAAAGGUCGUACUCCAUUUCUACCUUUACUUGGCACACCAGAGAGCAAAGUUUUAUCAAAUGAUAAUGGUAGCACGUAUGCUUGUAGUAUUAUUGUGGAAGAUGACGAGAAUGUUGCAACGAUUACAAAUUUUGACAAAAUUGACGCAGAUUUUAUUUCUAUCGAUCGAACGAUGUCAUCGUAUUUGGAGCCAAAACAACAAAGGCUUUCAAAACCGACAUGUAAUGCAGCAAAACAAGAAAAAACUUCAAGUUCCCAGAUAUCAACUAAUGAGAUAUCAUUACAUGCGGCCCUUUCUAGUCAAUCGUCACAAAUUCCCCUUAAGCAAGAAUCAUCAGUAAUCAGCAAAAUAAGUAGCGCAGAUAAUGACAAAGAUGAGAAUAGCAAAAGUAACGAUUCACUCAAUUCAUUUGGCAGCCCUGAAGACUCGUCAUACAGUACGGGAUCUCCGCUGGAUACUAGUGCUUCUAUCAGUGACAGUUUUUGUGCUGCUAACGAAGGAGAAAAUAAAUCAGAAGAAAAACAACGAUUUUACUGUUUCGAUAAUGAAGGCAAAAUAAAAGGAUUGCAGCAACAAAUUGAUAUGGAAAUUUAUGGAUUUUCUAUGCAACUGAAUCAGUGCACAAGCGAAUUAGACUCACAACAUAAAUAUUUUCUUCAUAGGAUAGAAGAAGAACCAGAGCUAAACGAUGAUUAUGAUGCGGUUGGCAUGGUAACAAGUCGUACUCUUGAUUCAAUCAAAUCAAAUUUGACUUACUCGAAUAAAGUAGACUCACAAUGUAACGUUAUCAUUCCACGUUCUAUAUCUCAGCAGGUAAAUGCUAAUAUUACUUGUGGUUUAUAG